AUGCACAGGUUUAAGAUCGAUGAUCCCGAUAUUUGCCUUGAAUUCAUGCAAAGAAACUUUUGUAUAAGCAAGAAGGAGUGCCCAUUCUGUGAAAUGGGUCCGGACCAUGCUAUAGAACACGUCAACAAGUUGAUGAAGGUUCGGGGAGGACACAGCAACCAGCAGCCAUGGCAAGAUGGUUCCUUGAGGCCCCAGAACUGAGUCGACUUGCGGCGCAAGCUGAGGAAAUGGAGGGAUUACAAAGAGCUCCAUCAUCACACCAUCAUGAUUUAAGCGAUGUGCUAACAAAGCGCUAUAAAGAGAAUAUACAGAGCUUAAAGAUGUGCUUUAAGCGAGUGACCCUUUCACGACAGAAAGUCAUCUGGUGAACAUCAUCACAAAAGCAGUUAUGCUAGAUCAAGAAGGGAGUGCUAAUGCAAAAUGACAUCGGUCAGGCGUAUUUUGGCACAUUAGUUUGUUCAAGCAAAAAUCGUCGAGGCCCCAAGCAAAAGGCACAUCUCAAGUCAUGGAAGUUUGUUUGGCAAAGAAAGAAAAACAAAACAACUAGUGGAAUCGCACCCUUAAAGGAUGAGAGAGCUCUCUUCACACGUUUCUUAGUUGUGAUUCUCUCAAGGCCUGAUGUUCACAUGGAGGAUACCAUAAGCACUUUUAAGUUAGCUGAGUUUCCGAGUACACCCUUCCCCUCUGAUGGCAGUUUGCUACACUGCAUUGCCAAGAGCAAGCUGAUUAACAUCCUAGAAAGCCUUCUACCCCAUCAGUAGCCACAAACGCCUACAGUACAACCUCGCUCUCCAGACCCUUUCAGUACGCGUUUAGUAAUUAUUUAUGCCAUUGCAGAAGUUCAGUCACUGGGAACGCCAUCGUGGGUAAGAAACAAGCGUGACCUAGCAAGCCAUUUCAUAGAAGUCGUUGAUGCUAAGACUAAUGUUUCCACCGAGGUUCAUGUUGUAUUUGACCGCUACUAGAUCCCCUACUCCUUAAAGGAAGUAACGCGCCAGUUUAACGACUGGUUACAAACAGAGCAGGGAUAUACAAUGAUUACUGUCGAUGAUGUUAUUGACAAGACAACUAUGAAAGAUCUUUUGAACUGCAACAAGAAUAAGGAGGCAGUGGCUAUAAUCCUUGCAACACAACUCAUCGAGUGCAAGAAAGACUCGCAGAUGACGUAUGUAGUAAAUUCUAAAGGUGACUGCAUGACAUCUAAUACUGUACUGCAUGGUCUAGACGCCACAAAGAGAGGAGAAACGUCCACAUUCAUUUAA